CCGAAGUCCGGCGCUCAGAGCUGGGCAGGAGCUCGCCCGCGAGAGUUUCUGCCCGUCUGGAGCGGAGGCGUCCGCGGCGCUCGGCAGGGCAGAUGACAGAGGUGGGCAGGAGGAUUUGCCCCCUGGGCCGCGGCAGCCCCCACGAUGGCCUGGAGUCCAGCAGCGAAUACGUGAAGUUCUCCAAGGAAAAAUACAUCCUCGACUCGUCACCCGAGAAGCUGCACAAGGAGCUGGAAGAGGAGCUGAAGCUGAGCAGCGCCGACCUGCGCAGCCACGCUUGGUACCACGGCCGCAUCCCGCGGGAGGUGUCGGAGAGCCUGGUGCAGAGGAACGGGGACUUCCUCAUCCGCGACUCGCUCACCAGCCUGGGCGACUACGUGCUGACGUGCCGCUGGCGCAAUGAGCCCCUCCACUUCAAGAUCAACAAAGUGACAGUGAAGUCCAGCGAUGGCCAUACCCGCAUCCAGUACCUCUUCGAGCAGGAGAGCUUCGACAACGUGCCCGCCCUCGUCCGCUUCUACGUAGGCAACUGCAGGGCCAUCUCGGAGCAGAGCGGGGCCAUCGUCUACUGCCCCAUCAACCGCACCUUCCCGCUGCGCUACCUGGAGGCCAGCUACGGACUCGCCAACGGGAAACAUGGGGGGUCCCACAGCCCCACCACCCAGAAAGGGGGGCACAUAAAGCGCAGAAGCAUCACCAUGACGGACGGCCUGACAGCAGACAAAAUCACCAGGGCUGAGGGGUGCCCAACCAGCGUGUCCCUACCGCACCACAGAGACAUCAUUCGCAACUGCGCCGUCAGCAUGGACCAGAUCCAGGACCUCCACUCCCCGAUGUCCCCCAUCUCCGAGAACCCAGCGUCGCCCGCCUACAGCACGGUUACACGGCUAAAGCCACAUACCUCCCAAGCAGCCGGGAUCGCUCCAGCCUCUCCGGUCAUAAGAAGAUCCAGCGAGCCCCAGCUGUGCCCAGGAACCAACAGCAAACCUCUGCCAGACCCUGCCCACAGCGCCCACUCCACUCCCUGCCACGGGUACGCCCGCGCGUCCCCCUCGCCCUCCGUGAACAGCUACAGCGACCCAGACACGGGGCAUUACUGCCAGCUCCACCCCACCUCGCUCAUCAACAGAGAACGGCCAGCUCACGACACCAAGCAGCUCCCAGCAAAGAGCUACGUGGAGAGGCUAAAGGUGGAGGAAGGACAGAGAGGGACUGUGGAGAACGGCUCUGGCGAAGCAGAGGCAGGGCAGCGGCUGAAGGGAGAGCUGGACUUCCUGGGCUUUGUGCCCCCCACCAUGGAGAUGAGCUCGUCCUUCAACCCCGCAGCCUUCCAGUCCCUGCUCAUCCCGCUGGAGAACAAGCCCCUGGAGAUGGCCGUGCUCAAGAAGGUCAAAGAGCUGCUGGCAGAGGUGGAUGCGAAGACGCUCGCCAAACACAUCACCAAAGUGGACUGCCAGGUCGCUAGGAUACUGGGUGUUACUACGGAGAUGCAGCGGCUCAUGGGGGUGAGCUCUGGCAUGGAGCUGCUCACCCUGCCCCACGGCCACCAGCUCCGGCUCGACCUGCUGGAACGGUUUCACACCAUGUCCAUCAUGAUCGCCGUGGACAUCCUGGGCUGCACGGGCAGCACGGAGGAGAGGGCAGCCCUGCUGCACAAAUCCAUCCAGCUGGCCGCCGAGCUCAAGAGCACCAUGGGGAACAUGUUCAGUUUUGCUGCUGUGAUGAACGCGCUGGAAAUGACGCAGAUCGCGCGGCUGGAGCAGACCUGGAUGGCGCUGCGGCAGCGGCACACGGAGGGGGCGAUCCUCUACGAGAAGAAGCUCAAGCCGUUCCUGAAAAGCCUGAACGAAGGGAAAGAAGGGCCGCCGCUGACCAACACCACUUUUCCUCACGUCAUGCCCCUCAUCGCUCUCCUGGAGCGGGACGACGCUCUCUCGGAGAGCCCCGAGCCCUGGGAGAACACGGACAACGGCGUGGAGGUGGUCAUGGCCCACCUGGAGGCGGCGCGGAUGGUGGCUCACCACGGGGGCCUCUACCGCACCAACGCCGAGGUGAAGCUGCAGGGUUUCCAGAGCAAAGCCGAGCUCCUGGAGAUCUUCAGCACCGAGUUCCAGCUGCGGCUGCUCUGGGGCAGCCGCGGGGCCGAGAGCAGCCAGGCCGAGCGCUACGAGAAGUUCGACAAGGUCCUCACGGCGCUGUCCCAUAAGCUGGAGCCCGCCGUGCGCUUCAGCGAGCUGUAACCCCCGCCGGGGACGCGAGAGAGACCGGGGCGCCGCGGGGAGCGCCGCGGGCCGUGGCUCCGUCCCCACCGCGGCUGCGGGGAAGGGGCCGGGCGCCCCGCGGGGCCUGAGGAGGCCGAGGGGUGUCCACGGCGGGCGCGGGGCAGCGGGUGGGGGGAUGAAGCGGAGGGCGCCUCUGGAAAGGCGUCUCCCACCGGCAGCCACCCCCGCUGCACGGCUCGCCCAGCCGCCCGCGUGGGAGCGGCGGGGCUGGAGAGCGCUGCAGUCCCUGGACGGGAUCCGCGUGGGGCCCCUCGCGCUACGCAGCCCCCUGCCCUUUGGUUUCAGCUUUUUCUGGUUUCCGUCUUGGUCAAGGCCUCUGACUCGUGCUUGUAAAUACGUUUCCGCGACCGCUUCGUGAUGUACAGACUCGCGCAGGACGUUUCGUGUUGUAAAUAAUUCGGCUCAUUCAUUUUGUUGUGUAAAUACGUGUACAGAGCUCAUGGGUUCGGUUCUUACAUACAAUAAACUUUUAUGCUCUUCCUCAA